CGGCGCUGAGCUGAGCCGAGCGGGGCAGGAGAGAGAGAAAGCAUCGCAUUUAAAACCGCCCAGGGAAGACACCGCAUCUACGAGUUCUGUUUGGUUUGUUUUGGUUUGGUUUUUUUCCUCUUCUUCUGGCCUCCCUCCUUCCCUGCUCUGCUUCACUCUGUCCGGUCCACAAUGACCCGGUCGAGAGGAGUUCAGCACCGGCUUACCUGAGCAAGUGGCACAUCUCUCCUCCCUGGAAGCCUCCGAACACUUUCUGACUUUUUUUGUAAAUCGCAUUUAUUAAUCGGACCCUGUGUCGGAUUGCUCCUCUGCUGCUUUGUGUUUUUUUUUUCCGAGGGCUCUCUAGCUUCUGUGAGCUUGAAGAAUAGUGAGGUUAUGUAGGGAGGACACCUCUCGGACCUGGUGUUCACGUGCUGUAAUUGGAUUUCUCAUCACUUCCAGUAGCAGCAGGUUUUCUCCUCCUCCUCCUCCUCUUCAUCUUACUCCCACUGUUCUUCAGCAUCCUUCGUGCAGCUGAAGAUGGGUCUACCUGCCCUGGAGUUCAGUGACUGCUACCUGGACAGCCCCCAGUUCAGGGAUCGACUCAAGUCUCACGAGCUGGAGCUGGACAAGACCAACAAGUUCAUCAAGGAGCUGAUUAAAGACGGCAAGGCGCUGAUCCAGGCUCUGAAAAGCUUGUCAACUGCCAAGAGGAAAUUUGCCGACUCUCUGAACGAGUUUAAAUUCCAGUGUAUCGGAGAUGCUGAGACGGACGAUGAGAUAUGCAUAGCCAAGUCGCUCCAGGAGUUUGCAGCAGUCCUACAGAACCUGGAGGAUGAGAGGACACGCAUGAUCGAGAAUGCCAACGACGUGUUGAUUAUGCCACUGGAGCGGUUCAGGAAGGAGCAGAUAAGUGCAGCCAAGGAGGCGAGAAAAAAAUACGACAAAGAGACCGAGAAAUACUGUGCAGUGCUGGAAAAGCAUCUGAGUCUUUCAGCAAGAAAGAAAGAGUCACAUCUUCAUGAGGCGGACAACCAGGUUGAUAAUGUGAGGCAACACUUCUAUGAAGUUUCCCUGGAGUACGUCUUCAAGGUCCAGGAGGUCCAGGAGAGGAAGAUGUUUGACUUUGUUGAGCCGCUUUUGGCUUUUCUUCAAGGCCUCUUCACCUACUACCACCAUGGCUACGAGCUGGCAAAGGACUUCAACCACUUCAAGACUGAUCUGACCAUCAGCAUACAAAAUACAAGGAACCGCUUUGAGAGCACCCGGUCAGAGGUGGAGAGUCUGAUGAGGAAGAUGAAGGAGAAUCCACACGAGCACAAGAGUGUCAGCCAGCACACUAUGGAGGGAUACCUGUUUGUGCAAGAAAAGCGUUCAUUUGUGUCUACAUGGGUGAAAUACUACUGCACGUACCACCGUGAGCCUAAGAAGGUCACCAUGGUUCUGUUUGACCCAAAAUCCGGGGGUAAAAUGGGGGAGGAGGAGAGCUUCAUUCUCAAGUCUUGCACCAGGAGGAAGACGGACUCCAUAGAGAAACGGUUCUGUUUUGAUGUGGAGGCUAUGGACAGGCCAGGAGUGAUCACGAUGCAGGCUCUGUCGGAAGAAGACCGCAGGUUGUGGAUGGAGGCCAUGGAUGGGAGAGAACCGGUGUACAAUCUCAACAAAGACAACCAGGCUGAAGGAAUGGCUCACCUGGAUGUGAUUGGAUUCAAUGUGAUGAAAAAAUUUAUCUAUGCGGUGGACACUCGAGGUAUUGAUGAACAGGGCUUAUACAGAAUAGUUGGCGUCAACUCCAGAGUGCAAAAACUCCUCGGCCUGGCUAUGGAUCCUAAAACCUGUGCUGAUGUAGAGCUGGACAACCCAGAGUGGGAGAUAAAGACAAUAACGAGCGCUAUCAAGCACUAUCUCAGGAUGCUGCCUGCGCCUCUCAUGACAUACCAGUAUCAGAGGAGCUUCAUCAAAGCUGCCAAGAUGGAUAACCCUGAGGAUCGGGUGACGGAAAUUCAUGCUCUUGUACAUCGACUGCCUGAAAAAAACAGACAGAUGUUGGAGCUGCUGAUGAAACACCUCGCCAACGUGGCCAGUCACCACCAGCAGAACCUGAUGACCAUCGCUAAUCUGGGCGUCGUCUUCGGACCCACGCUGCUUCGCCCUCAGGAGGAGACGGUGGCGGCCAUCAUGGACAUCAAGUUCCAGAACAUUGUUGUGGAAAUCCUCAUUGAGCAUCACGAGAGGAUAUUCAGGGACGCACCGAAUUCCGCAGGCAGUUCCGCCAACACGCAACUCAACCAGUCGAGGAGGAGAAGCACUGAGAGCAAAGCCCCAUCCUGCAGUGAAAGGCCUCUCACUCUCUUCCACACACCAACACACUCCCAGAAAGGUGAAAAAAGGAACAGCGUUGUAAACGCAGCAGGCUCUGACGUACAGCAAGGAGUUUCGUCCUCGGCCAACUGCAACAGCAGCAGCAGCAGCAGUAGCAGCAGCAGCCAGAGUCGAACCCCGAGACACAGUCUGACCAGCAACGACGGGGAGCAGGAGAGCCGCCAGAUCCGGCCCAGCUCGCUGCUGAACCCAAAAAGUCGAGGGAGUAUACCAACCAGUGCGACAUCUCCCAGUCCCACAUCUCCACGUUCUCCGUCCUGGCCAAUGUUCUCAGCCCCGUCGAGCCCACAGCCGACGUCGUCCGCCUCCAGUGACUCCUCCCCCGUCAGUAUCGCCGGCAGAAAGGCUCUCGCGCUGUACGCCUGCAAGGCAGAGCAUGACUCCGAGCUGUCCUUCAUCGCCGGGACCGUCUUUGAAAACGUUCACGCUUCCAGGGAGCCUGGCUGGUUGGAGGGAACUCUAGACGGCCGUACUGGACUGAUUCCAGAGAACUAUGUGGAGUUUUUAUAGCCCAGGACGUCUGGAACGGAAGAUUCUGGACUGUAUACCCAACCCAGACUGCACAAAACUCAGCCCACCCCAGUCAUUCUUCCAUCCUGUCGAACUGGACCAGUGUUCUUGGGACAGUUUGAUUCUUGACUGAGACUGGAAUCUGAAACUGGACCAAGCAGAACCACAUCAGAACGGAUGUGGAAGCAGGAAAGACGCACGGUGGGACUUUGGACCCCCGAACUGCACCGAGGGGGAGAAAAAAAUAAAAAGGAGUUGAGAGCAGCUGUUAUUGGAUUAGUGUGGACCACUUCCAAAGUCCUGGGGAAGAUGAUCCAGCAGUGAACCCGGAAUGUGUGUGUAAGUGUGUGAGAUACAAAAUGGAGAGAGAAAAUGUAAUGUAUAAAUGAGUUGAUGCUUUUGAGCUGUGACAGCUUUGAUCUUUCUUUUAUGUAAUUUUUUUCUUAUUGCAAUCUGAAAAGUCCCUGUUUUCCUUUAAAGAAAAAAAAAACAGUGGUGAUGGUGACUGGGAACGCCUCCUUAUUGUUUGAUUGAUUGCUACAGAUUGGGAAACUGAAGUUUUUGAGGCUGAUUGAAACUAUUUGUUUUGGCUAUUUGGGUCUAAAUGUGCUUUUUUCAGCCCCCACCGACUCCCCUCCUGGGCAGGUCAGCACAUUCCUCUCAAACAGUUCAAAGGAGGGUCAGGUUUGGAUUCCUUCAUGUUCAUAAUGCACUUUUUACUUUCUUUUUUUGGAAAUGUGGAAAAUUCCCCAGUCGGUGUCACGCAAACCAGCAGGAUGAAGUGCUGAGUCAUGAUUGCUUUUCAGCACAUUCUGGGCAUUUUAACCAAAUUAAAGCCGUUUCAGCGCUGUUGAUGCUUUAAACAUGACAUUAUUACUAUAAUUUAUCUGAAGAGGAUGGAUGUCUGCAUUUAGACAGCGAAGGUUUUAAUCCUCCGGUGAUUUUUCGUGUGUUUUUGAGACAUUGAUGAAGUGUCAGUGCGCAAAUGCUAAUCUACUGCUGAGGUCCUGCUGCAUGUCGUCAUCCUUCAGCUUUCAUCGGCGAACACUUAGACCUUUUUUUUUUCUGAAAUCAACAUUCUGUCAGAUUCCUGAAACAUUUUCUUGUUUUAACAGAAAAGUGAAAUGGGAGAGUUUAAAGAAAUGUGAAAUGAGACUACUUUGUUCAUAUCUAAACCGCUUAUUUAUGAGACUUUCUUCAAGAAAA